UGUUAAUCGGUUAUCGAUUACAAGCUGAUACAUUUGCCCUUAACUAAUAGAAUUUGAGUAAUUUAAUAAUAUCAUAAAUACAGCAAAUUAGUUUCGUAUUUAACAAGUAUUCGUUAUGGAGAAUGAAUUUGAUUUUAGUGGCUGUGGUCCACUAAGUGCAGUGGUGCAAAGAGACUCCUUGAGUAGUACUGGCUCUUCGGUAUCUGCUAGUAGCACAUCCAAUUCUACAAAGACGGCACUGAACGAUUGCUCUGUAGCAUGGAUAAGUUACCUCAACUCGCUAAAUAACUUGUGUUGUGCUGGAAGUAAAUUGAGUAGUACACUGACGGUACUGGAGCAAUGUGGACUUUUUGGAGACAAGACUACUAAGUCAUAUGCUGAAAAAAGUUUUUUUCACAAUCACCCAUCUUCUUAUUUAACACACUACUGGAAUGAUUUAGCCAGAGCAACCGCAGUUGCCACAAGCACUGUAAAAGCGCAUAUUGUGGCAAUUUUGCAAGACUUCGUUGCAAUACCAUCAGCAUGUGAGCCAUCGAUAUGUGAAAUGGAACAGAAACGUAUAAGAGAUCAUAAUGAACUUAUAAUUAUGGAGAAUGCCCAAGCAAUGAUUAAUAUUCAGCAUCAAUUCUGUGCCGCUAGUUAUGACGCCUUUUCAUCUUUAACAUGUUGCUUUGUUUGCAAAUCACCUGUUGGCUUUCCACAUGAAGCUGAAUGCAUAAUGAUAAAACAAAGAUCAAACACUGAUCCGCGUUCUCAAACCCCUUCACCGAAUAUGGGUGGAGCUUACAAAGCGGAAACUUCUAGAGGUAACUCCAUAACGGAUCAGCGUCCACAUUCACAUGGUUCUUUAACUAGUCAGCAAUUAGAUCAACCAGCACACUCCAUGGACCAAAUUCGGGGAACGUCGCCGCUGCAGGCUAUUUUUGAAAAUACAAAAGGGCCGUUACCAAAUCCAGGGCACUUACUUGCUAUGAAGAGUCCUUUUUGCAGAGGUGUGAGAUCUCCAUUGAAUAUUCCCUUAUUUCCUUUAAACGGUCAGCGUAGAUGGUCUGAAGCCGCCGCAGGAGAGGUAAUAGAUGAUAAUACAACAGAUGUCGAAAAUCAAAUGAGACGAUGGUCUAUGCCAUGGGAGGCACUCAAAUUUGAUAAAAACACAGUUACUUGGUAUCAAACCCGAAUAAUGCCAAUAAAUAACAUCAAUUUACUAAGCCACAAAAAGACAUGCGCUGACAGAAGCAUAUCCAACACACCUGCUUGACCUGACCAUACAUCAGCAGUUACGCACGUAUUUGUACGCCCAGAUGGUUUGAACCACAUGGAAGAUUUUGUUAGCGAACAAAAUCUUAAUCAUCAAUAGAGCCGUUACUACCAUAAUUUAAGAGACUCGUAGUUUUUUCUUUACUGACGUUUUGAAUUGAUAAACUAGAUAUUACGAUAACAUACGUCAAACAAUGAAUCAAUUAGAGUUAAGUUCUUUAUUCUAUAUACUA